AUGGAGAAACUUCGUCGUCGUUUACUGGAAAGUGCAACUAAACAAUCGGAUUUCGUUGAAACAUUUACAGCUAUUGAUCGAGAAUUUGAUAAAAAACACAAUGGUCAAAUCGAUCUUUCGGAAUUUCUACAACAAUUAAGACCACCAAUGAGUGAACGACGUCAAAAAGCUAUUUCAAAUCUAUUUGAUUCAAUUGAUGUUAAUGAAGAUGAUCAAAUAACAAUUAUGGAUCUUAAAACAAAAUUUGCAGAUCAACUCAAACCUACCAAAAGAAGAUCAAGUCAAAAUAUUGAUGAUGCUCUUCGACAUUUUUUAAAUAAAUUUAAUACUCCGGGUCAACACGAUGGAAUAAUCGAUAGAGCUGAAUUUUUCGGAUCUUGCUCAAUGCUAAGUGCUACAAUAAAAGAAGAUAUCUAUUUUGAUCAUGUGCUACGAUCAUUAUUUGAUUUUCGUUUUAUAAAUAAAUAG